AUGUCUACUUCAUCUUCUCAUGGAUUGCAGUGCCCUUUAUGUAGAGCUAAAAUGAAACUGCUUCUAUCAAUAGAACAACAUUACAACAAAUAUUUCAGGAAGUGUACAAGGAAAUAUGGAGGUGCGGGAUGCAAAGGUUUUGUAUGGUGUGAUGAUGUUGACAACACAAAAGGGGGGGGAAGAUAUCAUCUUUAG